AUGGCUUCUUUCUCCUCUAUUGAUUUACCUAGUAUUCAUCAUAUUAUCUCCAUUCAUCUGGAGCAUGAUAAUUAUCGAACGUGGCUUGCUCAAAUUGUUCAUGCCUUUCACAGUCGCCACUUGCUCGGCUUUGUUGACGGUACUUCUUCGUGUCGUCCUCCGACCAUCCUCGACCCCAAGGCUAAGGCCGAUGAGUCUACUUUUUCGUUUCUCCUCCCCAACCCCAAGAAUGAUGACUGGGUCCAUAAAUAUCAUCUUGUUAUCUCUCUCUCUCAUCAACGUGACUUGCUUUGCACAACCCGUGGUGACUCUUCCAUCACUAAUUUCCUUGAUUGUAUUAACUCAACUGCCGAUAACUUGGCGUUGGCAGGUGCUCAUGUAGCUGACUCUAAUCUGCUUGUUGUAGUUACGAACAACGUUGGUCCUCCUUAUGAAAAUAUUGUUGCCGUUGCUCAAGCUUGUGAGAAACCCAUCAGUAUGCCUGAUCUUAAGGCUCUCCUCUUGUCUACUAACCGUCGCUUGCUAUCCUCUUCUUCUUUGGCUAUGUCUUCUAGUGCGAUGGCUAUAGUGGCUUCCCGUGGUGGUCGUUGUGGGUUUGUUGGUUGUGGUCAUGAUUGUUGCAACUCCUCUCCUUCAUGA